AUGGCCGUGUCGUAUCAAUCGGUGAACGCGACGACCAACGACUCUGAAAGCCGCAGCCAUCACGUGCACCCCCAAGACAGCGCCGCUUCCCGCCUCCUCUACACUGCCACAUUCGAGCCUCUGUUCCAACGCACCAACUCGAUUGUCUGCGCAAUCUUCGCAUCGUACGGGUGGCGCUUCGCAGUCAUCGGCACCAUGCAGGUCCUGUCGGCCCUCGAGUCCGAGUCGUUCAACACGAAGGCGGUCUUGGUCUCGAUCGCAUCGCUCUUCUUGGUCAAUGUUGCGCAGGCGCUGAUCACGGCGCACUCGACGUUCCAGAACCAGCUGGUGACCGUCCAGAUCACGUCAGCGCUGCAGCAUUUGCUCUUUCGCAAGUCGCUGGUCCUGGACGCCAAGUGCCGCCGUGAAAAGGCGGCCGGCGACAUUGCCAACAUGUUUUCCACCGACAUCCAAACGAUCAUCAACUUUUCAAUCUUUGCCAACCAACUGUGGCUCAUCCAAGUUACGAUCACGUUGUAUACAUGCUGUACAACGUGA